AUGUCCUACGACGACCGCGUCAAUGCGCGCCCGAACCUGAACGAUGAGUCCGACGUUGAGGAGGAGGCCCUGGUCAACGACUACCGGGAGCAGGUCAAUUACGAGGAUGGCAUGAGUGACCUGGACCGAACAACAUCGCUCGGUGGCUCGCAGGCUCAAGAUCUCCAGGCACAGGUGACUGCCGCCGCUACCCCGCUGGAGUACCAGGCGACCCUCGAGACCAAGUUCGCCAGCUACGACAAUUACUGCAGUCUCUUCCACUACAUUCUGAAUUCGGAGGGACCCGUGGACCUGGAAGUUCCCUCGUACUACUGGGCGUGGGAUGUGAUCGAUGAGUUCAUCUACCAGUUUGAGUCGUUUUGCCGCUAUCGCAACCGUGUCGCCCGUAGUGGCUCGUCCGAAGAGGAGGCUCAGUUGCUCCGCGAGAACCCCAACACCUGGGGCUGCUACUCCGUGCUGAACGUCCUCUAUUCCCUCAUCCAGCGCUCUCAAAUCAAUGAGCAACUCGCUGCCAUCAAGCGCAACGAGGAUCCGGUCGCCGUCGCUGGAGAGUACGGCUCUCGCCCGCUGUACAAGAUGCUGGGCUACUUCUCCAUCAUUGGCUUGCUCCGCGUGCACUGUCUGCUCGGCGACUUCAGCCUCGCCAUCAAGACCCUCGACGACAUCGAGAUGAACAAGAAGGCCAUGUUCGCCCGUGUCAUGGCUGCCCACUUUACUACCUACUAUUACGUCGGUUUCUCAUACAUGAUGAUGCGUCGUUACGCUGACGCUAUCCGCAUGUUCAGCCACAUUUUGGUCUACGUCUCCCGGACGAAGAACUUCCAAAAGGGCGGCAACAGCUACGAUGCUAUUGCCAAGAAGAACGACCAGAUGUACGCUCUGAUUGCCAUCUGCGUUGCUCUCCACCCCACUCGUCUGGACGACACCAUCCACUCUGCCGUCCGUGAGAAGUACGGUGAGCAGUUCCACCGCAUGCAGCAAGGUGGGCCCGAGGCUCUUCCCGUCUUCGAGGAACUCUUCCGCUCUGCCUGCCCCAAGUUCAUCAGCCCGACUCCUCCUGACUUCGACAACCCCGCUGUCAACGUCGACCCUGUGGACCACCACACCGCCAUCUUCAUGGACGAGGUGAAGAACACCCUGUUCAACCCCACCAUCCGCUCCUACCUGAAGCUCUACACCACAAUGGACCUGAAGAAACUUGCGGGCUUCUUGGAGGUCGAGCCCGAGCAGCUCCGCUCGUGGUUGUUGGUCAACAAGCAGCGCAGUCGCCAGAUCCGCUGGGUCGAGGGUGGUCUGCUUGAGGGUGAGGCCGUCAUUUCCAACGACCUGGACUACGCCCUUGAGGACGACCUGAUCCACGUCAGCGAGACCAAGGCCGGCCGCCGCUUGGUGGACUGGUACCUGCGCAACCUGACCCGCGUCUACUAG